AUGACAGAGUCCUCUAACCCUAAUAGGGUUCUUAAUGUUGUUCCUUUAAGGAUGAUUAGCAGUGAUGAUGUAAAGGCCACAAAGCCUAGAAUGACACAUGCAAGACGGCCUGAGGAGGGUAUUCGAAGCAAGGGCGCUAAACCUUCUUCAUCUAGUACUAAAGAGGAACUUAAUAAAGAAGGAACCAGAUAUGUCCAUAACUCUAUUGCUAAGAUUGUUAAACGUAUUAUGGAGGAAAAUCACCAGGUGCCUGGGAUAUCUGUCCCUCUUCAAACCAUAAUUCCUGAUCCUCUCAAGAACAUUAGUGAGACUGAAGUUGCUCAUACUUCUGGUUGUGACCCAGCUGAAGAGGAGAUCAAUAAGGAUGGGCAAGGAGGUACCAAUGCGGUGGACUUAGAUGAGUAUUCUGAAAACGAAUUGCUUGCCUCAUUGAAUCCAAGUGUAGCCAAAAGGCUAAUGGCUAGAAGAAAAGGCAAAGCUGUUUUCCAAAGUUCCCCUGAAAAUAAUGCUAAAUUCAAGAGCCCUGUCAAAGACUCUAUCAAGAAGAGGAGUACUUCUGCUUGUCCUAUCAGAAGUAGAGCUGUGGCUAAGAGUGUAGGGGUUGGUCCCUCAAAGUGUUGGAGCAAGGUUGUUCCAAAGAAAAGAAAGGAGAGGGAAAUUGUUGAAUCUGAGUCUGAUGUUGAAGUGGAUGUCCCUGACAUUCCAUCAAGGUGGAAAUAUGUGCUCCAAAAGAGACUAGCUGUUGAAAGGGAAUUGACUCCAAAUGCUCUUGAGAACAAGGAAAUCUUAGAGCUAAUUCAGGAAGCUAGACUAUUGAAGACUGUUUGCAACCUUCCCAAAUAUGAAGCUCAACCUGAGCUUGAAGUGACAGACAACAAGGUUUGUCAAGUGAUCACAACCAAGCAGGUAAAAAGCUGGCCCCUAAAAGAGAAACUAACUGCAAGAACAAAGGCAAAGUUUGACAAUGCAACAUAUAUCUUUGACCAAACUAUGAAGCAUGCUGGAAGCUUCAGUGUUAAGGGUCCUCAAUGA